AUGUCCUGGCUUUUCUUCUCAUCCCCUUUUGCCUUCUUUGUUUUCAUCAACAUUCCUUUAGCCUCAAGCUUUGUUGGGUACACAAGUUGUAGCAACAAGUUCAACUGUGGAGAGAUCACAAACGUUGGUUUUCCUUUCUGGGGAUACGGCAGGCCAGAGAGUUGUGGAUAUCCAGAACUGAAUCUCACAUGUUCCGAGAGUGUCACCACUAUAGGGAUUAUGGGGGUCCAAUACAGAGUGUUGAAGAUAAACCAAGAAGCUGAAGAAACACUCAAACUUGUGAGAGAUGACUACUAUGACAAAAUUUGUUCUCCAAAGUUUGGGGACACCAAACUGAAUUCCAAUCUUUUCGACUAUGUUUCAGGCUCUGUCGAUGUUAAAUUACUGUAUGAUUGUAUUUCUAGCUCACAACGUGACUUCAGUUGCCCCAAGGAUGAAACUUAUGGUAAUGUGGCCGCCGUACUUCCAGCUUUUCCGGUGCCUCUCAUGUGUAAAUCACAGAUGGUGAUUCGGAUUCAGGACGCAAUGAGUUUCAGUAUCUUUAGUUCAAAGAAUGUAACAGAACUUGAACAGGCAGUUAGAGAAGGAUUUGAGGUGAAGUAUAAGGUGGACAGUGCAAAAUGUGAUGAGUGUGUUGGUUCAAAGGGUGUUUGUGGUUAUGAUUGGGGUUUGAGUGAGACUGUUUGCCAUUGCCCGAAUCAAAGUUCUGCGUCCCGGAAUUGUUCUGCCACAGCAGAGGCCAUAGACAAUCCAGUUUUGCCAUCAGCUAAAGUUGCUAGGCAGGACUAUUGGAGAACUAUCUGUCCUCAGACUUAUGUCAACACCAACAUCAACUUCUCUCUGUUUAAUUAUUCGUCUGGGCUUACAAACCUGACCUUUUACUACGCGUGCAAUACAAGUAUAACUAUCCCGGGGCUGGGGGAUAACUUUACUUCCCAAGUUUGCAGUACGAACAACGGUAACAUUACUGUUUGGUCUUUCACCCAGAGUCCCCCAGUUGAUCCAGUUGCUGCCCGCGCCUGUACAACUGGGAUCAGUGUUCCGGUUUUUACGACAGCUGCUCAGGCUCUAAUGGCCAGUCAAAAAACUAUCCAGGAAGUCGUAGAUGAAGGCUUUGAAUUGGGAUUGGAGAUUGAUAAUGUUCAAUGCAACAAUUGUUCGGAAUCAGGAGGGAAGUGUGGGCUUAACACGACUAGUGGUGGAUUCAGUUGCUUUUGCCAGGAUCAGGCCUAUGCAACCACAUGUAAUGCAAAAGGCUCAUCUGUUUAA